UUUAGUGCAAAAUAUCGCUUCUGUGAAAGCUAUUUGUGCUCCACUUUAUAAUACCACUGCACGCAAAUAUGUGCUGGUAUUACAAGUUAGGUGCAAUGUGAACGCGACCUCGCGUUCAUAUUACAGGGAAGCUUUGUGCUCACGAGAGUGCGCUUCAAUAGGCUCCAUUGGGAGCAUCGUUCUAAUGCCGUCAGACACGUCAUGAGAAGUAGCGCAGCAAAGAGGAUAGUUAUGACCAGAGAGGAUCCCCUAGACUCGGCCCCUGAAGAUAACCAGCACCCCACAGAAUUCCAGAGUCCCAUACAGGAGAGGAAGAAGAGGCCUGUGGUCCAUCCCUCGGCACCAGCCCCUCUGCCAAAAGACUAUGCCUUCACAUUCUUUGAUCCUAAUGACCCAGCCUGCCAGGAGAUCCUUUAUGAUCCUCAGACCAGUGUCCCUGAGCUCUUUGCCAUCAUCCGACAGUGGGUCCCACAGGUCCAACACAAGAUUGACAUUAUCGGCAGUGAGAUCCUGAAGAGAGGUGGUCAUGUGAAUGACCGUGAUGGACUCACUGAUAUGACCCUCCUACAUUAUGCUUGCAAGGCUGGAGCUCACGGAGUGGGUGACCCUGCAGCUGCAGUCAGACUAACCAACCAGCUUCUCCUGCUGGGGGCGGAUGUCACCCUGCGUAGUCGCUGGACCAAUAUGAAUGCUUUGCACUAUGCUGCCUAUUUUGAUGUUCCAGAACUUCUCAGAAUCUUACUGAAAGCUUCAAAACCCAAAGUGUUGAAUUCCACAUGCGGCGAUUUCAAUCACGGCACCGCUGUGCAUAUUGCAGCCUCCAACCUCUGUCUUGGAUCUGUGAAGUGUCUCCUGGAGCACGGAGCUAACCCAUCUGUCAGGAACAGCAAAGGGCAAGUUCCCGCUGAUGUGGUCCCAGACCCCAUGGAUAUGGGACUUGACAAAGCUGAAUCUGCCAUGAUAGCCAAGGAGCUAAAACAACUGUUGUUAGACGCUGUUCCCUUGAGCUGCAACCUUCCUAAGGUCACACUACCCAACUAUGACAACAUUCCUGGGAAUCUGAUGUUGGCGUCCCUGGGACUGCGGCUCGGAGACCGUGUCCUCCUUGAUGGAGAAAAGGCUGGUACGCUCCGAUUCUGUGGCACCACAGAGUUUGCAAGUGGUCAGUGGGUUGGAGUUGAACUGGAUGAACCAGAAGGCAAGAAUGACGGCAGCGUUGGAGGCGUCAGUUACUUCAUAUGCCCUCCCAAACACGGUAUUUUUGCUUCUGUGUCCAAAGUCAGCAAAGCCCCAGACCAGACUCCGUCUUCUGUCACUUCCACACCACGAACGCCUCGCAUGGACUUUUCUAGGGUCAUAGGCAAGGGAAAGAAAGAAAAAAAAGCAUCGAUGCAGAAGAAGUCUUUAAGUAUUGGAAGCUUGGACAAGGAGGGUCUAAAGAUCGACAUUGGUGACCAAGUGCUGGUAGCUGGUCAGAAGCAGGGGGUGGUGCGCUUCUACGGAAAAACUGACUUUGCUCCUGGAUACUGGUUUGGCAUUGAGUUGGAGAAACCUACAGGAAAACAUGAUGGUUCAGUUUUCGGGGUUCGCUAUUUCUACUGUUCCCCUAAAUAUGGUGUGUUCGCACCUCCCUCUAGGGUUCAGAGGAUUGGGGGCCCAAAAGAACCUCAGACAGAUGCCAACAGUGUGAAGAAGGUUCACCAAGUUACUAUGACACAACCAAAGCGUAACUUCACCACAAUCCGAAAUCCGAAAGAGAUAACAUCCGAAAACUCUAUCUCCAGACUGCUCUUUUGCUGCUGGUUCCCGUGGCUCCUUCGUACUGAGAUGCAAUCUUAAUUUCUGUCCCCUUGGCCCCCCUUUUGGGUUGGCAGCUGCUCCCCACUGCCCCUGUCUGCCACCCUUUGACCCUCCCAGUGCCUUCUUCUGCAGACCCCACCCUCGUGUUCUCCUGACUCUCUCCAGUGAAAAGGUGGUGAGGAAGACCUUUGGGUGAAUUACAAUCACACCAUCUGAAGACCCUCAGGAUGGACACUGACCGGAGCCCGAGCCACUAUGAGGAGAGUAUGAGUGGACUCAACAUGGUCAAAUCACUAUCUCUUACUGUGCCAGAGAUGUUGAGCAGUCUCUCGCUAGCAGUGGAAGGGGUUGCAGCAUCAGAAUAUGUUUCUUAUUUGCACUGGAUGUGCUGCAUUAAAAAGCAAUACUGUGUAUCUCUACUCUUCCUUCUAGUAAAAAAAGUCUUCUAAUGAGGAAUCUGACAGUCUUUCCAGCAGAACGACAGACUGUAUUUUUGGGGGGACUGACUCACUCUUUGGGAAGCAGUCUUACUAAUUGGAGAAUAGUCAUUCCAAUGAGAGUACUACCAAACUUACUAAGAAGGUUGUCUCUUUCAUAUUGGAAAGUUUCUGCAUCCUAGUCACAUGUCUCAUAGGGAAUGGACCCCUUUGAUCUGGAAAAAUAAUCUCACAUUGGAAAUGACGUCUCUGAUUGGAAAGCUAUCUCUCACAUUAAAACAACUCACUCAUUACAAA